AAAAUUUUAACCAUUCAAGGAACGCCAUGUGUCAGGUGUAAACUCCUACAGCGUUGACGUUCAGUGUAUGGAGUUUAAGCUGAACAUGGCCCGCAUCUGCGGCAGGUCUCCGUUGCGCCAAACGAGGAGCGCUCUAUACGCUGUGAUAGCUGUUGCAGCCAUCGUGAUUCUGCUCAGGUUCAAAAUUGAAAAACUGCGCAGCCGGAAAACCCCAUCACUGAGGGACCUACUCUUAAACAAGGCCCUUAUUCACAAGAGACACCAGCGACUGACAAGUACAGAGAAGGGAGAGAAAAACCAGCUCGUGCAUUCUACGGUUUUCCAUCAGAGACAAAGGGCGGAUGUAAAAGACAUGAUGACGAACCAAGAGAACUAG